GGCGCCCCCUGGCGCCUCCUCGGGCCCGCGUUUCCCGCCUCGCUUCGCGCUCCUCGGCCUUCGCGUCCCGGCGAUGGAGGCGGCGGCUCCGGAGGGCGCCGAGCCGGGGAGCGGCGGGAGCGGCGCGGAGGAACCCGUGGUGUCCCUGGCGGAGGUGCUGGCGGAGAACGAGGAGCUGGAGAAGGAAGCGCGGGCCGUGCUGGGGGGCAGCGACCACGAGCGCUGCAGUUACUCACAGGGCGCGGUGAAGCGGCAGGCCCUGUACGCCUGCAGCACCUGCACACCGCCCGGCGCCGAGCCCGCAGGGAUCUGCCUGGCCUGCAGCUACGAGUGCCACGGCACCCACCGCCUCUUCGAGCUCUACACCAAGAGGAAUUUCCGCUGUGACUGUGGAAAUAGCAAGUUCAAAAAUCUGCAGUGCAAGUUACUGCCGGAAAAGGGCAAGGUGAAUUCAGGAAAUAAAUAUAAUGACAACUUCUAUGGAUUGUACUGUACAUGUAAAAGACCUUACCCUGAUCCUGAAGAUGAGAUUCCAGAUGAGAUGAUCCAGUGCGUAGUUUGUGAAGACUGGUUCCAUGGAAGGCAUCUUGGUGCAGUUCCCCCUGAAAGUGGAGACUUCCAUGAAAUGGUGUGCCAGGCCUGCAUGAAACGUUGCCAUUUCCUAUGGGCUUAUGCAUCCCAGUUAGCAGUUCCUCCUUUGACCAAAGCGAGCUCCCUUGAAGAUGAAGGGAUUGUCCUGAAGGUAGAGGAAAGUGAAGAGCAGAAGAAAGAAAUAAAAAAAGAAGGUGGAGUGGAACACCAUGACACAAAGGAGGAAAAGCAAUCGGAACAAUUUAGUGAGCCAUCCACUAGCUCUGGGUCUGCCUGUCCUGAGGUAGUUACUAAGAGUGAGGAGCCCAUCUGCAAGCUGAAAGAGCUCCAAAGCAAGCCAUUUGUAAAAAAAGAUACUGCCACCUUUUGGCCAUCCAACUGGAGGAGCAAAUUAUGCACUUGUGAAGACUGCUUGAAAAUGUAUUCAGAGCUUGAAGUCCAGUUCCUGACAGAUGAAUGUGACACUGUCUUGGCCUAUGAAAAUAAAGGUACCAGUGACCAAGAGACAGAGAGGAGAGAUCCUUUAAUGGACACCCUUAACAGCAUGAACAGAGUGCAGCAAGUGGAACUCAUCUGUGAAUACAAUGAUCUGAAGACAGAACUGACUGACUAUCUCAGGAGGUUUGCAGAUGAGGGCACGGUGGUUAAAAGAGAAGACAUUCAGCACUUCUUUGAAGAAUUUCAGUCUCGGAAAAGGCGACGGACUAACAGGAUGCAGUACUACUGUAGUUAGACUGAGAGGGUUUGGGUCUGAAAGGACAACUGGCUAAACAAUGUUCACUGGCAAACAGAAAAGGCAUCUUCAGUUUUUGGCUUCUCAUCAAAAUCCAGCUGUCCAAGAAACAUCAUCAUUUUGUCUAAUACGUCCUUCAUUUGUAGCACCUAAAACACGUUCUUAACAAAUCCUUACAUUGCACUUAGAGGGAUUUCAGUACCGAUGGACUUGGCAUUCCCGGGAGAGCCGGCCGUGUCUCCAGGGCAGGAGGGCGGGACGGGAGCAGCGUGUGCUGCUCUCCCCUGGUUCCUGCCGGGCUGGAGCCGAGCUGUGCUGCACCCGCCCGGCCCUGCCCGCGCUCCCGGCUCUCCUGCGGGAAUGGCUCUGCCUCCUGCCCCGGGGCUGCAGCCAUUCCGGUGAGGCCCCAGCGCCGGGAGCUGCCUGUCCCUGUCCCUGUCCCUGUCCCUGCCGCG